AAAGAUGAGACGAGGCCUAGAGUAAAUAAAUGAACAAUUCCAGCUAAGGAAAACUGCAUGCAAUUCAAUAACAUGACAAUGCAUUCAACAUACACAUUACAUACCAUACAAACAAAGACCUGUAUGUAUUGAUUACUAUUGCCAAUUUGAUGUGGUAACGUUGCAUUGAGUCAGGUGACUGCCGUCAGCUGAUUGCCUCCAGCCAGAAUAUGGCCGACCUGUCAGAAGCUCAAUGAGGAACGGCUGAGUUUAGCAUAAUCGAGUCUCUUUUUAUGACUUUUGGGGCUCAUAUUUCACUAACGUGGACAACAGUUUUUACAACAGUUACUAAGAUGAGCGGGUUGCUGGUUGGCAUGGCAAAUGUCCCCAGCAAGAGCAAUCACACAGGGAAGGAUGGCCAGGUGUGGGAGAAACUCUGGACCUUGGAAGAGAUGCGACAGACCAGCGCCAACUGGUCCCUGGCUGCAGACUCAGGACUCUUCCUGUUCCUGCAAGACUUCUCCCAGAGGAUGCUGUCAAAGACUCAUGGGAUAGAGAAGCAGCUGGAUGGACUGAUCAGAGACACCAAGGCCACAGACUGUUGCAUGCACACCGUCUUCAACGACUUCCUCAUGCUCUCCAACACACAAUUCAUUGAAAACAGAGUGUAUGAUGAUGAGGAGGUGGAGGAGGCGGUGCCAAAGCCUGAGGCCAUGGAGAGACUGCCUGAGCAGAAGACUCGUGAGCAGAAGGAAGCCCAGCUGAUUCCUAAGGUCCAGGAAGCAGUGAACUACGGUCUGAUGGUGCUGGACUCUGCAUUUGAGCAGCUAGACAUAAAGGCAGGAAACUCUGACUCGGAGGAUGAGGAGGCCACAGACAGAGUGGAGCCCAUACUGGAGCCCAAGGACCUGUAUGUGGACAGGCCUUUACCAUAUCUGAUUGGCUCUCAGCUCUUUAUGGGGCAAGAAGACGUUGGACUGGGAGACCUCUCCAGUGAAGAAAUGUCAGUUGACAGUGAUCGCGACACCGUCAUUGUGAGCGAAGAUGGCAAAGAUGCUAACCAGUCAGACGAUGACUUCGACCAGGAUGAGGGGCCAGGCACCAUUAAGAAGAAGAAGUUGUCUAUGUUGAGUGAUGAUGAGGAGGGAGGUUCAGACAUAUUCGGAGAAUCGGACGAAGAUGAUGAUGACAGAAAGGAGUCUUUGUGUCACAUUCAGAAACCAAGACCAUCAUCCUUUGCUGAUGAGCUGGCCGCCAGAAUCAAAGGGGAACCUAUCAGCAAGCCAGAGGGAGAUCGCACAUCUGAUGAACAUGACAGCGAGGAGUUAUUGGGGCCACCCAAGAUGGAGGACGAGGACUUCUCUCCGUUUGGAGGAAAAGGGGGCCUCUUCAGUCGAGGGAGAGGACUGUUUGAUGAUGAGGGGGAUCUGUUCUCUGAUCCACCUAAACAGCCUGUAGCAGGGGAGAAGACCACAGAACCUGUCAAGCCUGCAAAGAAGAUUCCUUCAGGGGCUGUGCCAAUUUUCCCAGAGAACAGCCUGUUUGGCACACCUAAUGACUCUGAUUCAGUGGAGGGUAGAGAGAACGGCAGUCCAGCCAAACCCAUCAAGACUCAGACAUCAGCCCCUAGAAAGACCGCUUUAGGGGGGCUGUUUGACGAUGAGGAGGAUCACUUCUUCACCGGCGAAAGCCUUAAUAAAUCCAGCUCUGCUGGACAGGAGGAACCCAAGCAGAAGAAGACAGUGGAUCUGUUUGGAGGAGGUGAUGAGGAUGGUAACAUCUUCAGUGAGAGCUCCGGUGUUCUGCCCCCUCUACAGAGCAGGAGGGAGGUGGUGGAGGAGGAAGAACAGAUAUGUCCAACCAUCCCUAAGAGUCAGUCCAAGCUUGAACCGACACUUCAGAGCAAAGCUCUUCUGUCCAUAUUUGUUGACGAGGAGGAUGAGGAUCUGUUUGUGUCUGCGAAGAAGUCUAAAUCAAGCCAAACUGAAGAUGCCACACCACAAGUCAAGAAACCUGUCUCUAGUGCCGUCUUCAGUGAUGACGAGGACCAUUGGAUGAGCUCCAAGCAUAGUGCAAGAAAGACUGGAGGGAUGAAGUCCAGUGAUAGCAACCCUUAUCGUCUACCCAGUGUCAAAGCAGAUCCUUUCGACAGCCUGUUCGAUGAGUAUGAUGACGAUCUCUUUGCUGCUACCAAGGAGUUUAGUCCGAAGAAGCCACAGAGAGCGUCUCUCCUGUUUGAAGAUGAGACUGAGGAUGGUGAAGAUAAGGGAUCCCUCUUAGUCUUCAAACCUGCCAUCAACAACAGCUCUACUCUAGCUGACCCUAAAGCUGCUGCUGUGGCCUCCCCAGCCCCCUCACGGGUCCACACAGACAAACCUGAGGUGACGGCACCUCCUCCCCCAGUGGAGAAGAGGCGUGCAGAGGAGAGGGCAGCGAAGGGUCCUGAGGUACAGCCCCUGUCCUCUCUAUUAGAGUGCAGUGAGAGUAAGAAGAAGCCAGUAAGGGCCGUCAGUCUGUUUGGAGGGAUCAACGUGCUGGGAGACCGACUGGGAGCAGCCAAGGUGAGACGCUACAUAAGGCUGAGGGUAGAAGUUCCCCCUAAGCUCAAAUCUAGGACGGACCUUGGACAUUCUGUUCCAGUAUGGUUGAGAUUGAGACUAAGAGCCCAUUGGACGAGACGGAUGGUGAUGACUUUCUGUCUGAGGGCCCGCCCCCCAUGGAAAAGGGGUCCAAAAAGAAGAAGAACACCGUCAGUCUGUUUGAUGAUGAGGAGGGUGCUGACUGGACUGACCCUAUCUACAUACCCUAGCAAAACAGCUACCAUAAACACACUAAAGCCUGCAGAGGAGCGUCCUCAUACCAAGAGCAGUACCGGGGUGUUCCAGGAUGAGGAACUGCUCUUCAGUCACACUCAGCAGACAGACAACCACCCCGACGUUGACAUCUUCGCCACGCCUGACAAGUUUGUGAGGUUCAGGCCCAGUAAUGCUAGGAGCUCAGUGAGGUCGGCAGCCCCAACACCUUUUAGUGAUGAGGAUGAAGAUGACCUCUUCAGCUCUGUCAAUCCCAAAGCUCUUCAGCCGAAAGUAUCGGCGAAGCCCAGUAAACCCGGUAAAGACGAGCCAUCCCCACAACCUUCUGUCACAGAACCAGUCACAGGGAGUGAGACCAACCUGGUGAUCAACCCUGUUGCCCUCCUACUAGGCCUGAGCCCCAGCUCCUCAGGCCUCAGCCCAGCAUGGACCCAGUCCCUCAGCAACGGAGGGCUUAGCUUCGACCGCCCUGUCCAGGUGUCUGUGCUACAGUGUGCCAACAAGGGUCGAGUUAAAGGCUCCAUCCGCCGCAGGCCCCAGACCAGGGCAGCACGGCAGAUGUCAGCACAGAGCUCCGUGGACCAGAAAAACCAGGGAGAGGACCCGGCCGGACACAGCCCAACCCUACCUCAUUCAACCCAGCCUAGUUUGGCACUACUUAAUCCAAUCGAGCCUAGCCUGGCACUACCUAACUUAACCCUGCCCCGGCCUAGUCUACCCAACCAAGCCCCAACCACUGGCUUACCCUCCUUCUUACCUGCCUCCUUACCCUCCCAACCGCUGCUCACUGAUGUCUCUGUCACACCAUCAGUUCUAACACUACCAGUGUCCAACACCCCUCUAAAGAGAGACUUUUCUAUGGGAAGCAAGGUGAAGGUGCUGCCCUCUCCCGACGAGGCUGACCUGUUUGGGUCUGUCCCUGCCCUAGCCCCAGUCCCCAAACUCGCCCCAAAGACUAUGGAGGGUGAGUUGACGCCGAAGGAAGAGAAAGAAGCGACCCCUCCAUCCGUCUUUGACGACCCCAUGGGUGACUUGUUCCAGAAGGUCAAGCCGAGGUCGGCGAAGACCUUCCUGGAGGAGGAGGAUGAAGAGGAUAUCUUUGUGCUGGGAAAUAGUUCUACUCCCACUACUAAAAUUACUGCAGGGAGCAACCCUACUCCCAAACAGGACCUCUUCCAGGAUGAAGGGGAGACGACCCCUAAAGCUCACAAAGACAAAUCUCUGGAUUCCAGCCUGUUUGACGACAAAGUUGACAUCUUUGCUGAUUUGACGGCCAUUUCAAAACCAAAAGAGAAGAAGUUCAAGAAGGUGGAGACUAAAUCCAUAUUUCAUGAUGAUAUGGAUGAUGUCUUCUCUCCCUGCACUGUGAAGCCAAUGGCCAAGCAGCCUCCAUCCAAGUUCAGGAAAAACCCUCCCUCCCAGGACACCAGUGCAACGGACGGCUUGGGCAACAUCUUCGAUGACCCUCUCGAUGCUCUGGGUGGGAACUGAACAGUGGACUGUUCCUGAUUAACUAAAACUCUGUGUCCCAAAUGGCACCGUAUUCACUAGAUGGUUCAUUACUUUUGACCAGGGCUCAUAGGGUGUGCACUAUGUGGGGAAUAGGGUGCCAUUUGGGAUGCUGUCACUAACUGUACAAUUGUGCAGAAAACGUUGUUUUGGAGGACUGAAAAAGGGGUUGGAGAUAUUAACACUGUUCUUAUAGAGACUAUUUCUAUAAAAGCAAUCCAUCGAUCGACAUAACCUCGGAUGGAAAUUUAAACCCAUCUCUGAUUGAUUGAUAACAAGUAACUAUUUUCCUUUAUUUAAUGUCCAUGGUAGCAGGGCUUUGCCAUCAUUAGGCCAGCUGCUAAUAAAGAAAUAGUCAAUGAUUUAUACAUGUAGUUGAGUUCUGGGUAUGUGGUUUAACAUUGCCAUUCUGAGAUUACAUGUCACCAUCGGGCUGUGCCAUAUCACCGUUACAUUAACUUUGCCUGUGAUAAAUGACAAUAGAUUAUUUUUUUUUAAAGAAUUAAAUUAUAUUUUGCUAAAUUUAAAA